AUGGUGAAGCAAGCCGUCUUUAUGGUUAACGGUCCUACACUUCCAAAGUUGAAGGACAGGGAAAGAUUCUCCUUCAAUGCAUCAUUGCCUGGUAAACGUUACGAUGCUCCUUUGCGCAAGGAAAUCGAGGCAUGUUUUACAAAAUGGAAAGGAGUAGCCGAUGAGAAAGAAAGGAAGAAGGUUUUCAUAGAAUUCAUGAGGAAGGAAGUGAAGAUUUGCAAGUUAGAUAACACUACCUUGAUUGUCGGACUAGUAAUGCCUCCGGCAGCCAUGGGAGUGAAGAGGGCAGGCGAGAGUGUGCCGCAGCUGAGUUUGAUAAAGACCAUCCCCGACGUCGUGUUCGUGCCCUCUAUCACUGUAUUGGCCCUGGUCUCUGCUAAGCUCUCCAGAAGGAUCUUCUCAGGGAAUGCUGCUUCCUGAGUUUACCGAGUCCCUCUCAACCCAUUCACACGAUACAGAGUCCAGAAGUUUGAUGAAUGUUAUGUAGUUAUAUGGAUCAACGUGAUUACAUUGUAAAACAAAUGUACUAACAGAGUUGUUUCUAGUGGGGUAUCCAUAACUCAAAAAGUCAUACACAAAUAAAAGAAGAAUGCCAUAAUCAUCCAAUUUCCAAUGCUGCUUAACAGGAUAGGAUUGGAAAACAAAAUAAAAUAAAAUAAAAACUGUUUUCUUUUCCUGUA